GUGUUUUUCAAUGCAGCAGCGUCUCUGCAGCAGAUCUCUGCUUCACUUGGGACAGAGCACAACAAGGAGAGGAGAGAUCGAGGUUCCCCCGGAGCUGGAUCAGAGACUCUGCACAAGUGAUCUCUAACAUGGAGGUACCCAGGAGGCCUCAGCCCUCCUCCUUCACGCUGCCUCUCCCUAAACCGGCCUCAUCUGCUCUGUCUCCCCUCGCCAAGAAAGAACCAAUAAAAGAGAAGCUCCAGGAGAAAAUGGACAGGAGCGCAGACAAAGAUCAGUUUGGAGAAGAGACGUUCGACACAGAGGAGGAGUCGGCCGUGUCUGUGUUUGUGGAGGCGCCGGCCGACACCUCAGAACUUGAAGAUACAAAUUCAAGACUCUCCUCACGGGACAGUUUCUCAGAUGGGAGCUCGAUUUCGGAGGAGAGGUUGGCAGAGGAGGCAGAGGAGGCCAAAAAGAAGUCUGAAGAGGAGGAAGCGGCGGCUAAAGAGAGGGCAGCUCAGCGGCAGCUGAUGGCCAUAGAGGAGCUGGUCCAGUCUGAGAGGAACUACCUUCGACUGCUGCAAGUGAGCACGGUGACCAUCAGGAGCAGUCUGCAGAAACUACAGCCGCCUCCAGCCGACCUGGACAGCAUGUUUCUCUACAUAGACGACGUGAUCGACGUGUCAGGUCGACUCAUCAGCCUGCUGGACCAGAAGCAGGUUAAGCCCGGAGACCCUCGCUUCCUGCAGACACUCUGUGAUUCAUUCCUCAGCCUGUCGUCAGACAUUGAAACAGCCUACAGGGAGUACCUGGCCAACUACAACAACAUUACGGUGUUGGAGAACAGCUACAAACAGAAGGAGGCGCUUUGGAACGACAUCGUUAGAAUCAUCAAAAGCUCAGCGCCUGAAGUCAACGCCACCUCUCUGAGUUUCUUCUUGGUGAUGCCGGUGCAGCGGAUCGCCCGCUACCCCCUCCUCCUGCAGACCAUCCAGAAACACACGGACAAGACUCACCCGGAUUAUUCACUCCUGGAGCAGACCGCUCACACCUCCAUCGCCUUGAACUGUCGCAUCAAUGAGUACAAACGCUUCAGAGAAGUCGCCGACAAAUACAAGAAGACAGAAACCUUGAGCAUAAAGGACAAAAUCAACCGCCUCAACACCCACAGCAUCGCGAAGAAGACGGCGAGGAUCAGCCAGUACAUCAAACACGAGACCGGCAUGGCAACUAAGCUGGUGGACGAGGAGUUCGACGCCCUGGAAGGUUUCUUUUAUGUCCUGGAGCACGGGAUCCUGCAGCUUCUUGACAACGUGGAGAUAUACCUGCACCACCUCCAGGGUUUCCUGGCUUGCAAGACAGAGGAGUUUGACUUCGACAUGGACGGAGAGAAGGCACCGAUAUGCUACAAGGAGAUCACCACUGCGCUCAGACAGUGGAUUCUUCCCGCAUUCGAGAAGAGGAUGAGGACGUUAAUUCACAAGCCACUGUGUGCGCUCCGAGACCUCCUGGUGGGCCCGAGGAACCUGAUCAGGAAACGUCUGGACAAGCUGCUGGACUACGAGCUGAUCUGUGACAAAUCCAGUCUGAACUACGACGAACAAGCUGUGGCCAACACGUACAGGACAAUCAACACGUUGCUCCUCAACGAGCUUCCUCAGUUUAACGGUUUGGCUCUGCAGAUGAUCUGGAGCAUGUUGGGGACGUUCAGCUGUCUGCAUAAAGAUCUCUCCUCAGAGAUGGAGCAACUGUUCCAGAGCUUUGCACAACAGCUUCCUCACAGCUCUCUGGACCCCCGUCCGUUCUGGAGCUGGGCUGAGUCUGCGGUGCUGGAAGGAGCGAGGAGGCUGGAGACUUUGUGUCGAAGCGUAGAGGACACGUUCACCGGGCCCGUCGUCCAGCCCCUGAGUCCAUCCUCUCAGCGCCGCCUGAAGCAGCUCACAGGUAAGCACGGUUCUGGAAAGAUCUACCAGGUGAUGGGGGCGGUGGUGGGCAGCCGGGACCUGGAUCUGAACCUGGCCAAAGGGGAGCUGGUGGCCGUUAUCAGUGAGGCGGACACCCGUGGAGACAAACGGAGGUGGCUGGUGGACGCAGGAGGUAGAAGAGGCUACGCUCCCGCCUCCAAGCUGCUGCGCUACCACCAGCCAACAGAGGAACCGCCCCCCUCGCCACACCUGAGCCCACCUGAGGGCAAGACAGGAAUCAGAAGACACUCCUACACCCCGGAAAGCCGACCAAUGAAGGUCGUGAGCCAGCCGUGUUUCCAGGUGAUCGCAGCCUACGACUUCACAGCCAGAGGAAACCACGAAGUGUCUGUCCGGGCCGGCGAGCCGGUCCGCGUUCUGGAGGCCCACGACAAGCGAGGGAACCCCGAGUGGAGUCUAGUGGAGGCGAGAGGCGGGCAGAGAGGCUACGUGCCCUCCAACUACCUCACAAUCAUGCCGAUGAGGACUGGGCCAAUUGGCACAUUCUAGAAGGGAGGACACGAAGGAAGGAAGGAAGGACGGCGACGUCUUUUAGAAGGCUUACAGCAGUAUUUAUUGCAAUGAAGCUGCACCUGCUUCUCCAACAGUGGCAUGCAUCUACAGGUGACCUUCAGUCAGCUUAAUCUGCAGAGUCAAACUCAGUGUUUUUAAGCAGAGCCAUGAAAUACAAAAGCUUGAAACUCUUUUUUUUAAAAUUAAUUUUACUGCUUGAAUUUUUUAAAUGUAACCUUUACUAACACCCACCUCCUGUGCAAACCAGUGUGGAGAGAAAGUAAAAGGUCAAGUCUAAUCACAGAAAUUUUAGAAUCACAAAUUCGCCUCAACGGGCUUUACAAUCGUUACAACAUGCAGCACCUUAGAUCCUGAUCAGGAAAGAUUAUAACCUUAUAUAAGUAAGGGCUCAUCGGGCAGCUUGUAGGCCUCUUCUGCACUAACUCUAAUCAAUGAAAAAGAUGAUUUCCCACACUAUGAAUGUAGCUUUGCAGAGCGAGGAGAUUUAAUGAUGUGGACAAACCAAAUUCAAGCUUUAAAAACACUGACGCCUGACUGCAAAACUCUAUCUGAACAUGAAAACAGUGACUCGAAGGAGAAGAAGCUGCGGGAACAUUUGUGUUGAGGAGUUUCAAUGAAGCAAAGCCAGAAAAAACGGGUCAACACAACCUGUAGAAGUCGAGGAUAAGCUGUGGUGACGGUGUUUUCUGCUCUGCUGUUAAUAAGACACACUGGAAAAACGAAGGAAGCUGCAGCUCCGGUGAUGAAGCUCAAAGCAGUGACAGAAACUUUGUGAUCUGAAGGACGCUGAUACAAAGCAUCAGAGACAACGGGUGAAUAGCUCUGAAGGCUCCUCAUGGGGAUCAUCAGAGCUGUACGAGAAGAGGGACUCCAUAUCCCAUGAUCCUCAGCGAUGAAGAGACUGCAUGUUCUUGUCGACGUGUCCACGUGUUAGUGAGCUAACCCCAAACACUUUGAUGCACAGAGAGCGAAAACAAGAGCAAAAAGUGUGCGUGUGCAUCUGUUUGACGUGAAAUCGAGCUGGCAGGUGAGUGUGUGUGUGUGUGUGUGUGUGUGUGUGUGUGUGUGUGUGUGUCGAGUCUCCUCCUCCUCCUCCUCACCUGGAGGCAGGAGCAGCACUGUAUCGAGACUGACAGGUACACAGCGCUCUCAUCAUCUCAGACUGUGUAAUGUGAUGUAAAUGUAAAAUGUCUCCAGGGCCAAGACGGAGAGAGGGAGGAGAGAGGAGGGAGGAGGGGAGAUGUAAAGACAGAGGAAGGAACAGGGAGAAGCACUGAGAGUGUUGGGAGGUAAAACGGGAGGACUAUCAGGCAGACAGGCAGGAGACUCAGCAGAGUCAUCCUGUUAGUGUGGAUGUCUCUUUUCUCUCUGUAACCAUGAGCUGAUUUUAAAUUCGCUCUCGCUCUCGUCCUCCCGUUCGCUGCUGUUUCCUUCUCUCAGUGGGAAAGAUCUCAGAAACAUUUUUAAUCGUGGCUUUCAGAAUGAAACGAUAUAGACAUGACUAAAGGCGACCUACUUCUGUAUUCACAGGCUGCCUGAUGAUGAAGCCUGUUGCCACGGCAACCUCCCAAUCAAUGCAGGUCGCGUCGUCUCCUCGUCGUGGCGUUUCGUCAAGUCGGCUGGACUGUGAAAACGUUUAGCGACAGGGUUUGUUUCAGUUUAGUGAACGUUUGCUGCUUCGCUGUUUUGUUGUCUUUUUACGACUCGGCGGUUUGACAGGAGGAAGAAUUCUUCGUCUCGUCUAUAGACUCAAAACGCGUUCAGCUUUUAAAGGCAGCGCGUCUUGAAAUAUGCAGGAAGAAGAAAAUAACUCCCAAAACAUCUUCCUAUCUCGUCACGUUAAAUAAUUUACCCAUCCUGUAUACAUACCAGCACUUCUCCAGGAGUUUGUUGUAUACGCUGUAUGUAUUUACAGAUACUCAAACAUCAUCUAACGGUGAAAAGACCAGAGUAUCAUCAGGUGUCACCAUCAAGUAUCAAGUCCUGACUCUGGUGCUUUUAUUCCACAAUGAUUUAACAUAAAUUAAAACACUAAUGAAUAUCAUUCGUCACUGCUUGGCCCACGACCGAUAUUCAUAAAUCAAAACUACACAAACUCUUUUUUUUCAUUUAUACAACUAAACCCCACCCCCUUUCUUUUAAUGCUCCAAUCACAGCUGAGCAAAAAAUACUUCAGAACGAGCCAGAUGCCCCCUUCAUAAUCACACAUCAUCAUUUUCAUUUAUGUAAAUCCUCUGAAACCACGUGAAGGGAACAAAAAAAAUCAUGAAAGGAAGCGAGGAGGCAGCAAUAAAGGAGGAAGGAGGGAUGCAUGGAUAAAACAAGGCGACAUGAAGGAUGCACAGUGAGACAAAUCAAGAAUAAGAUUAGAAAUGUGAAAUAUGGAGAUUCAGCUCGACAUACGAACAUGUUCCCUGUUUAGUCAUUAAACUCAUAUUUAGAUUUAAAUAAUAUUUAUCUGCUUUUAGAGAAUUUGAAUCUUUCAUAACAAAGAAAUUUGACAUUUUCUACAAAUGAAAAACUACUUAACGUUGGCUGCAUACGACGGUCCUGGAGGUGAACUCCACGUGACGCGAGAAUGUUUUUCCAUAAAACGGAGCCUUUGUGUUUUUUUUGUUUGUGCUGUAUCAGCUGCUGUGGAUGUGAAGCGGAGGAGGGCCGAGGGAUUCAGAGAUGCUCAGCUGGAGCUUAGCUGUUCCCAUCCGUCUGAAUGUCAGGACGGAGCAGAGCAGCAGGAGGGACAGGAGGAGUGUGACGACUGUGUGUGUGUGUUUGAGAUAUUACUAAUAUAGCAAAAUACCAAAUGUCCUCGAGGUUGAAAAAUAAGGAAAUUCCCCAACCUGACAACAUUUAAGCUGCUCUCACGUCUUCUCAAAGGUCAGUUUAGGACGGGAAGAAACAAUUCAAACAUCGAAUGACAUUAAAAGUUGGAUUUCGGGAUCCGUUAAUGACCAAACGAACAGCGUGAGGAUUCUGGAUCAGUUUGAUUAAAGUAUUUUUUUUUUAUUCCCUGAGAAAACGUGGCCAAAAAAAUGUGACAUACUUUUUAAAAAAAAAUUUCACCUCCCACUCCUGAAAAAGAAGCAAUAUGUUUCUAAUAAACGUCCAUGUGUAUGAUGUAGGAUGAACUGUCACGUCAUCGUCCUUCCAGGUGAGAUGAUGUCCUGUACAGAAAAGUGUGUGUAUGAAUGUGUGUGUGUGUGUGUGCCAAAACAUUUUUUCUAACUCUCCACCACUAGAGGGAGGAAGAGACCUCGGUUGGUUUGAUGCAUAUUUCACUGUGGAAACUGGAAAGUGUGUUUACCUGUGUCAGUAUUAGAGCUCGGCCUUGAACGCAGCCCUGUACAUUCUGUUCAUAUUGUUUUUAAAUAACCCGCUGUCGGACCAACAUGUGAAGAAGUGUGACGUGUCUAACCUGCUGAUGAUGAUGAUCUGCUCUCACAGCGCCUCUCUUAUGUAAUUUAUUGUUUUGUAACUCUUGUUUAGUCAUAUCGAUGCUUUUAACUUAUUUUGGUGCCACAGGAGCUUAAAGCUACGACCUGACAUGAAUCAUGAAGUGUUUGAAGUGUUGCCAAAGUUAUGAUGUUGAACUCACACACACACACUCACACACAUGCGUGUGAGGUCGUAGGCUUCAAUAAACCUAAACAGAAAA